AGCAGCUCCCUCUGCAGGGGGCCCGGCUGCUGCUGAAAGGGAUGUCCCGGACUGUUCGUGAGGACCAGACCACAAACGUCUGCUUGCUGAGUAUUUUGGUCUCUGCUCUGGUCUCUGUUGUCCGGGUCACUACUUUUACACACCAAAGUUACAGAGGAUACCGCAGGGUAGUUACAGCUUACCUGCCAAGAUGAGACUGACGUUUGCGACUCUGCCACUCAAGGAGAACCCUUGUGCCUCUCUGUCUAGUGUCACUGUUGCUCUGUGUCUUCUUACCCUCCUCCUGAUGGCCCUCAGGGGCCGAAAGAGCCACCACCACUGCUCCCAGCUGGAUCACACAAGAUAUCCCCCUCCUCCUGGUCCCACGCCGUGGCCCCUUGUUGGCAAUCUGCUCCAGAUGGGGGACCAGAUUCAUCUUUCUCUCACCCGUUUGAGGCUCCAGUACGGCGAUGUUUUCCAGAUGCGUCUGGGCUCUUUGACCGUCGUGGUCCUGAGUGGAUACAACACCAUCAGACAGGCGUUGGUUCGGCAGGGAGAAGCUUUCGCCGGCCGACCUGACCUGUUCACGUUCUCUGCCGUAGCCAACGGGACCAGUAUGACCUUCAGUGAGAAGUAUGGACCAGCCUGGAUGCUCCAUAAGAAGCUGUGUAAGAAUGCCCUUAGGUCUUUCUCCCAGGCUGAGCCCAGAGGGUCCGGUGCCACCUGCCUGCUGGAGGAGCAGGUCUGUGCUGAGGCAGCAGAAAUGGUGCAGGUGAUUCGGGAACAGGCUGCUGCUGAAGGGGACAUGGCCGGUAUAGAUCCAGUGAAGCCCCUGGUGACCUCAGUGGCAAACGUCGUCUGUGCCCUCUGCUUCGGGAAAAGGUACGACUACAACGACAAGGAGUUCCUCACUAUUGUUCACAUCAACAACGAGGUCCUGAGGAUCUUUGCAGCGGGGAACCUGGCUGAUUUUUUCCCCGUGUUUCGCUACGUUCCAAGUCCAUCUCUGAGGAAGAUGGUACAGCACAUCCACAGGAUGAACGGAUUCAUGGAACGGAGCAUCGAGGAACACAUCAAAACCUUUGAUAAGAACUGUAUCCGGGAUAUUACAGACGCUCUGAUUGCACUUUGUGAGGACAGAGAAGAAAAUAAGGAUAUGUCUCUGCUCUCCAACUCUCAGGUCAUUCACAGUGUCAUCGACAUCUUUGGAGCAGGAUUUGACACCAUCAUCGCUGGUUUACAGUGGAGCCUGUUGUACCUGAUCAAGUUUCCAGACAUCCAGGACAGAAUUCAUCAGGAGAUAGAUGAACACAUUGGCACAGCCAGACUGCCGAGGUUUUCAGAUAAACCGAAGAUGCCUUUCACAGAGGCGUUCAUAUAUGAAGUCUUUCGUCACGCUUCAUAUGUCCCUUUUACCAUUCCUCACUGUACCACCAGAAACAUCACCCUGAAUGGAUACUUCAUUCCCAAAGAUACAUGUGUCUUCAUUAACCAGUAUCAAGUCAAUCAUGAUACUGAUCUCUGGGGCGACCCGGACACAUUUCGCCCCGGACGCUUCCUGGGUUCGUCAGGACUCCUCAACAAGGAGCAGACGGAGAAGGUUCUCAUCUUCGGCAUGGGGAAGAGACGCUGUCUCGGUGAUGGAGUUGCACGCUUGGAGAUGUUUGUCUUUCUCACCACGCUGCUCCACGGGCUGCGGAUUGGAAGUGUUCCGGGGCAGGAGCUGGAUCUCAGCACCGAUUUUGGUCUGACUAUGAAACCACGUCCAUACAGGAUUACUGUGUCCUCGAGGUUUUAGCCAGCCAAAAAACAUGUGAUGCUCUGUGAGGAUGUUUUGGAAUAUGUUAACCUUAAUUAUGCAACAGAGAUACAGUACCUCUCAUGACUCUAUGCUGUAUGUACAGAUGUGUUCCUGUUUUUAGAAAUGAGCUAGAAUUAGCAUUGAAUAUGAACUAACUUUAUGUUUGUGUUGGAAACAAUAUUUAUGACAAGCGAGGGUCAUUCAAAGUGCUUCUGUGCUUGUACUUUGAAAGGGUCCCUCCGCCUUCCUGUCCCAGCACAUUAAAAAAUGAAAGUGGCCUCUCAUUAAAAGCCUUUAUCUUAAGUUAUUAGCUCCAGUUAAACAGUGAGGGAGGGAGAGAGCGGGUGUUUGAGAUUGGCGAUCAGCGCUUCAGGCCAGAAACUGUGUUCAUGCAGGGUUCAUCCUCACUCUCGUCAACGCCUCUUCUCUUUCUCCUCGCUUCAACUUUUCUCAUAUCUCCUCCUCAUCAGUUCGAUUCCUUUUAUCUUCUAAUGUCCUCGUCUUGUUCCUGUCUUUUCCCCCCCGUUCCCUAGCUCCUCCUCGUCUUUUAUCGUAGCUUCAAGGCAAACACUAACUCCUCUGCCCUCAUCUCCAAAGUCUCCCCCAGUGGCUCUCUGAGGAAUGACGCAGAUAUAUAUAUUAAGACAUACAAGUUCCCCUCGUCUUUGAACAUCGGUGCUGUGACCUCCCACACACUCAGAUUAGAUUCAGUCCUGCACAUCUUUGAGGGAGGUAAAGAGGACAGCGCAGUGUGAAAUCAGGCAUUUCUAAAUGUAAAGAGGCAUGGCAGUAUGCGUACGAACAAGAAGAGCAAGAACUGGGAACUUCAUCCUUAAAUGCAAAGUUUGAAAGUUAUGUUCAUGGCAGUAUUUUCUCUUUUAAAUUCUUAUCUAUCCGGGGAAAGGCUACUGAAGGCUUGUGUUCUUUUCCAGCAGAGUCCUAACUGCAUUUACAGACACAAUCUUAUAGUUUGAGAGUUGUUACACUUAAACAGUUGAAGGUUAAGAGGAAACAACAAUUUUUAGUCAAGUAUUUAGCUAGAGGGCUGCGAAACAGGCUAAAAUGUAAUCUUUCCUCAAAGUGGAUCCACUAAAAGUGCCACUGACAGGCUCAUAUUGUUAUUAUAAGGAAAUACAUAUGGAAAGAUCCCUACAGAGAUAGACCUUUUUGCUAAAGCCACCAGAUUUAAUUGACAAAAGCACUAAUUUUACCUCUCAGAGCCAGAGACGGGAGUUGCCUGCUGGUUUAAUGUUGCCUCCAUCAGUUAGUUUGUUUGUGUUAUUAUGUGACUUUGGUUGGUUUGGAUCUGAACUAACCAUUUCCACCAUGAAGAUGUUUCCAGCAGUUAACCUUUUCAACAAAAAAAAAAAAACUUGCUUAUUCCAUAGAUGGAUACAUUUCUGGGAGUAUUUCAGUAGCAGUGAGGAUUUUUAAUUGUGUUUAAAGUCUCAAUUUUAAUCUUGCUUUAUUUCUGUAACAUCUGUUUUGCGCAUUUGUCUUUUUGCUUGUAUGUGUACACGUCUGUCUUUGAGACAGACUUUGGUUUGCUUUUAAAAGUGCUAUAUAAAUAACAAAAAAACUUGAAAUUAUAUUGGUAUUUAAACCACUGCAGAGAAUACAAGCUGAUUUGAAUUAAUGUUCCCUAGUGGAUGAAUUGUAAUAAUUUUGGUGAUCUUCUGAGUUUUCUACUUGCGAAAUAAGCAGGUUUGUAGUUUUGACUUGUCCUGUCCUCAUGUACUUUUGUUAAUUGUACUUUCUAUGACAUUCCCAUCAACCUUAGCCGUAGCUCACCAUUUGUUUAUGGCUAAUUAGCUAAUGCUAGCCUCCUAAAAUGCUUGAAAGGAAUUCCCUGGUACUUUUUGUGUGUCAUAUGUCAGGUUUUCAUUUUUAAAAAUGUGGUUUUCUAAAUAAUAAAUUAUCUCUUGAAAUCAUUAUUAUAGUAAAUGUCAACAGACUUUGUUGGUGGCACCAAUAGUCUCUUCUUAACAAUAAAAGUACUAAAAUAUUGUCAAAUAAAACAGUAGUUUGAAUGUCAUCUUCUAACAAUAUCUUUGUAUGGUGCAUAUAAUAACUUCUGAGAUCAUACUUGUAACAUGAAAAUAAAAAGGAAAAUACUUAACUGUA